CAGGCUACGUCAUAACUGUGCGACAUAGUCUUCUGGCAGCAUGGUUAGGUUUGUGUUUCUACGUUGAUAUUCAGAGAUUUGUCUUGCUUUGGGAUGGCGCCUGUAAAUCCACAUUUUAAAGGAAAACCUUCAUUUAAAGGAAGAAACCCGAAGAGGAGAAAUACAGAUAGUCAUAAUUCAGCUGUCAGUAAAAAGAAGAAAACUUGGAAUCCGGAGAACAAGUUUUUCCAGGGCAGUUUACAAGAAGGUAAGGGCUUUGCCUUCCAGAGAAAGCAAAAAGUACAACAAGAAUACAAGAAACUUUUGCGGAAAGAGAAAUGGAGAAUGAAAGAUUCCAAGCCCAAGCUAGAAGACGAAUACCCCGAGCAUCUGAGGCACCUGUACAUGGCCGAACGGCAGAAAAUGAACGAAGAAGAGCAACUAAACAAGGAUCGCAGGAGGAAAGGAAGAAGCGGUGAUGUUGGAGAAGAAGAAGAACAGUCUACUUUUGCUAGCUCUGUCGCAAGGACAUCUGAGACAGGAAGCCCCGAGAAAUCAGCUGCUUCAUUGAAUGAAGGACCACAGACUUCGCAGUUUGAGAGCAGUUCUGGUCAGGACCAAUUCAAGAAAAAGAAGUGGAAGAAAAUGUCUUCCAACCAGAAGAUGAUAGAGGAGUAUAAAAGACAAAAAGAGGAGCGAGAACGAAAAAGAGAGAUCUUUGUGUUCUGUUUUAGGAAUACUCGAAAGACAAAGCACAGAGAGAAGAGGCUCUGAAGAGAUACAAGGAAAAGAAAAUGGCCACAUAUCAGUUGCUGAAGAAGAAGACCAAGAAGGGUCAACCGAACCUGAAUCUGCAGAUGGAGCUGCUGCUUCAAAAAAUCCAGGCUCAGCGAAAAUAACCAGAAAACCUGCAACCUACUGUCUAAAGGCAUUUCUGAAUCUUGCAGACUGUGAGAGAGACCUGGAAAUGUAUCCAUAUUACACAGAGACUAAAACAGAGUAAUGUGUCCUAAUCGCUCUGUCUGUGACGGUUGUGAGUCAGCAGAUGGUGCUGUCCUGUGUGUUAUAAACUGUUUAAUGCAUUGGGAUUUGUGUGAUUCUUACAAAAACUUUUGUUUGUAGUUUUUUGUAAUUUUAUGAUCUCAGAUUUAAUGAGACCAAACUCUAAUGUAAAUUAAAGCAAUUUAUGCCCUUUUUAUCAUUUCUGGAAUUAAAGCUUCAUAAAGUUGGUUACCACUUUCAUUAAACUAUCAUUUACGUCUACUUCAUGUACAGUA